CAGCACAGUAAACGCUAGCUUCCCACCUGAUUGUCAACAGACAGAGCAGAGUAAGCUAGCUGAUGUCUGCCGUUAGCAGGGAAGAAAGGCUCCCAAAGAUGGAGAACGAAGAGAAAGCUGCCCCUGUGUCCAUCAGUGGAGGCGGCGAUGGAUCACUGGACCGGCUUCUCCCCUCGGUAAGCACAGGCCUUUCACCCAGGAAGAGGACCACCAGUCAGUGCAAGUCCGAGCCUCCUCUCCUACGCACCAACAAAAGAACCAUCUACACCGCUGGCCGACCGCCCUGGUACAACGAGCACGGGGCCCAGUCCAAAGAGGCCUUCGUCAUCGGUCUGUGUGGCGGCAGCGCUUCAGGAAAGACGACCGCAGCCAGGAAGAUCAUUGAAGCUCUAGAUGUUCCAUGGGUUGUGCUCCUCUCAAUGGACUCUUUUUACAAGGUCCUGACCCCAGAUCAGCAGACUCUGGCUGCCAGCAACGACUACAACUUCGACCACCCCGACGCCUUUGACUUUGAUUUGCUGACACACACCCUGUACAAACUCAAACAGGGCAAGAGCGUGAAGAUCCCUGUUUAUGACUUUACAACUCACGGGAGACAGAAGGACUGGAAAACCGUGUAUGGAGCCAGUGUUAUCAUCUUUGAGGGAAUCAUGUCCUUCGCAGAUAAAAUGCUCUUGCAGCUGCUGGACAUGAAGAUCUUUGUGGACACCGACUCUGACAUCCGGCUGGUGCGUCGGUUGAGGAGGGACAUUUUAGAUCGGGGCCGAGACAUCGAGGGCGUCAUCAAACAGUACAACAAGUUUGUCAAGCCAGCGUUUGAGCAGUACAUUGAACCCACCAUGCGCCUGGCUGAUAUUGUGGUGCCACGUGGCGGUUGCAACACGGUGGCCAUCGAUUUGAUCGUGCAGCAUGUCCACAGUCAGCUGGAGGAGAGGAAACUUCGCUGGGAUAUGGCAGCGCUGGCUUCUGCACACCAGGCCCAACCACUCCCCCAGACCCUCAGUGUUCUGGAGAGUACACCCCAGGUCAGGGGCAUGCACACCAUCAUCAGAAACAAGGAAACCAGCCGCGACGAGUUCAUCUUCUACUCCAAGAGGUUGAUGCGCUUGUUGAUCGAGCGAGCGCUCUCCUUCCUGCCUUCGCAGGUCCACACAGUCCAGACUCCCCAGGGAGAGGAUUAUGAAGGCAGGAGUUUCCACGGGAAGAGGAUCACAGGCGUGUCUAUCCUGCGAGCCGGGGAGACCAUGGAGCCCGCUCUGAGAGCCGUCUGCAAAGACGUUCGCAUCGGCAAGAUCCUCAUCCAGACCAACCAGGACACAGGAGAACCAGAGCUUCAUUACUUGCGUCUACCGAAAGACAUCAGUGAAGAUCAUGUGAUCCUGAUGGACUGUACGGUGUCCACUGGAGCUGCUGCCAUGAUGGCUGUUCGAGUCCUACUGGACCAUGACGUUCAGGAGGACAAGAUCCUACUGGUGUCUUUGCUAAUGGCAGAAAUGGGAGUCCACUCAGUGGCCUACGCGUUCCCACAGGUCAAAAUCAUCACCACAGCUGUUGACAAGGAGGUCAACGACCUCUUCCACAUCAUACCUGGCAUUGGAAACUUCGGGGAUCGAUACUUCGGAACAGAUGCACCCCCUGACUGGAGCGACGAAGAGAUGUUUGAGCCCAGUUUAUGAUUGAAUUAUUGGCAGUGCACAAGCUUAUUGGGUGAUUCUGGGCGCUGCCCCCUCGGAUGACAACAUGAGGACAUACUGUAAUCUUUGCGUCUGUCGGACUGUAACGUGCGUCCUUCAAGGUGCCCUGAGAAAUCAACUGAAAACGGGGAGAAAACAUUGCUAAUGUGCCGUCACUUUGUUGAAAUUUUUAUAAGAAAGAAAAUGCUGUUGUGGAAAAAGUUGCGUUCUGAAGUAUGAAGUAUGAAAUAUUUUUUAGAUGCACAGUCUGUUAUUAAGUUUAAAUAUUUUGUUUAAUUUAAAUUGUGGCAAUCUGAAAUUUGAAGGCAUGUUGCUUUGAAAAGAUAUAUCUAGCCUUAAACCGUGUACUGUGGACGACACAAGUGAAUGUGAAUUUGCACGUGCCAUAAAAAGAAAAAGACAUCAAGCUUUUGGGUUUAUUUUUUACCGCAUACCUUCCUCACAACUUUCACAAAAGUAAAAUCGGAACAUGAACUCGUGUUGCUCAACUUCCAUCGCCAUGAGCACUUUCUGAAGGACCAUUCAAUCGGAAAAUGUGUGGGUGUAUCUGUCUUUUUUUUUUAGCUCUCUGGCUCACCCUUUUCCUUUCUGUGGAUGCUGACCUAACCAGUUGAAACGGGUGCUGAAAACCGUUUUUCACUAUACAGAUAAGAGUAUGCACUUGUGGUGUAUAUUUAUGCAGCAUGAUCUUCAUUUACAUAUUUUUUUCUAUGGAUAGACCUGACCAGUCAGCAGGCAAGUCAUGCAUCUUUUUUUGCUGCUCUGAAAAUGGGUCAUCUGCAUUUAACAAACACAGAUUAAGUGUUUAUUUCAGUCUGCCACGUCCUGAUUUAUGCCUCUGUUUUUCAUGCAAUAGAUGCGAUCGUUUAGAAAAAGGGGAUGCAUAUGAACUCAGAACAUCUACAUGUCAGAAAGUGUGGUGUUCAUAAAGCCCUGCUCGUGCCUGAUCUUUUUACUUGGUAUCAGUAUUGAAAUGAAGCGAGAUCAAUCUGUUAAAGUUUGUGCCUAUUAAAUAAAUAUUGCCUUGUUCUUUUUAGAAAAAAUGUUGACAGAUUGCACUCCACAAUGUUCAUCCAUAACGGUUGUAUGAACUAGAGACAUCAGAAGGAGAGGAAUGUUGUUUGAUAUCAUUAUUUAUUUUCAGUAAUAGGAUGUUUCUUCAACAAGUUCACACUUAAUUAUAAUUACACAGAUUGUGAUGGAUAAUUUGUAACAUAUUUUUACAUUUUUGGAAGAAAAAAACCCCAAAAUGUACAAUAUUAAAGUGAAGAAAAAAACAUGAAAUUAAACAUGUUGAAAAUGCAACUUGUAGCCACAUUAGCUACAAGCACUACUGUUUCCAUUCAGUCGCCUGCUACUGUGCGGUAUGUGUGUACCACUGAAUACAACUGUUAGUGAGUCACUCUGUAACAAUUGUGUUUGCAGCCUCAGUGUUUGACUGCGUGCUGUUUUGUGUUUACCACUGCUGCUGCAUGUUUUUUAUAUGUUUAAUAAAAGCACAGUUGAGCUCA